GCUACGCAAGACGAGGAUUAUAAUCGCUACCUUUUCUCGAGAAAAGAGGAGAUUGAAAUGAAUAGCACGGAAGAACUCUACAGGCUUUUACUACCAAAUCUUUGUCAGUAUGUAGUUGCUCUUUUAAAGGUCUUACUAGCGGCAGCUCCUUCGAAUAAGGCUAAAAAUGAUGCCCUCAACAUUUUGGUGGAUGUGCUAACUCCAGAAACAGACGGAAGCGAUGUGCUGUCAAAUUCCAUAAGUUUGGAUCAUUCGACUAGUAGCCCAUUAGAGGAGAGUGUGCGACUUGCAAUUGAUAUCAACAGACACAAGGAGAUAAUGGUUAAGGCAACCUCUUCAAUACUCAUCCUUCUCAUGAAACAUCUGCGUUUGAAUCACAUCUAUCAAUUCGAGUACUUGUGUCAACACAUUGUUUACGGCAAUGGCAUUCCGCUGCUUCUGAAAUUUCUUGACCAAAAUAUGACAAGAUAUGUGCAAUCAAGAUAUGAAAUUCACGCAUACAACUACCCACAAGCACCGCUACACUUUGUGCGCAAUCGAGAUGAAUGGCCCGUCUUGAAUUCGGAGAAUGUCGAAAGCGGUGAAGUGGAACGAAGGGGGAUGUAUUAUAUGUGGAGAAACAUGUUUUCGUCUAUAAAUCUCAUCAGGGUGCUUAAUAAACUAGUCAAAGGCAAACAAUCUCGAGUAAUGAUGCUGAUGGUAUUCAAAUCGGCUCCAAUAUUGAAACGGUCGCUGAAGAUCCGUUUAGGCCUUUUCCAAUUUUUUGUCUUGAAAGCUCUGAAGAUGCAAUCGCGGUAUCUCGGUAGGCAAUGGAGAAAGAGUAAUAUGGAUAUCAUGUCUGCUAUCUACAACAAAGUUCGACAUCGUAUGACUGAUGACUGGGCGUUUGCGAAUGAAAUGCGGAAGUCCUAUGACUAUCAUAGCGAAGAGAGCGAGUUGAAAGCCGCUGUUGAACGGUUCCAUAGCCGACGUUAUGCGAAAUUGCAUCCGCAACUGGCGAUAGAAAUCAAUGAUGCUCCUAUGCCAGGCGAUGAUUAUCUGAACAGAGUCAACCUUCGCGAAUACGAACCAGUGGAUAACUGCCUUCAUUCAGUUCUCGGAAAACAGCCAGAACUUGGGAAACGAUUCAAGAACAACUAUCGUAAGUGGAUGGAAGAGGAAGUAGUCAAAAGAAACAUCGAUUGGGACCGCUUGCUGAUGAAUACCAAAGGCAUCGCUUUUUCUCGAGAUAUACCAUGCUAG